UGGAAUGCCAGGAAUAGACUACCAGAAUACAGCUGCUCUCCUCCCGUGCUCCUCCUUCCUUGGGUCUGGAACAGAUCCAGAGGGUGUAAAUCUCUGCAGCCCUCUUUAUGCCCACCCAUCUCUCUCUCUCUUUCUCUCACCCACUCUCCCCUCCCUCUCUCUCCAAGAGAGAUUGUAUUUACCCUUAAAAAUAAUUUAGUCGCUCCUCAGCUGUAGGGCAGCCCUUCCCACAAUCCUUACUCAGACCCAGUGAAGGUCGUUCACUCUUUCGCAGUUUGUAGCUGUAUUCAUAUUACUGCAAAUUUUAAGUGAAAUUUUUAUCUUUGCUUCUAUUUGUCGUCUUUGCCUGCACCAAUGUCGCUUGGGGCGGCGGAGCGGAAUGUCAAGCGUCCACUGGAUGAGAACCAGUGUCGGCGAGACGAGGCAGAGGAAGCCCCCCCACUACGGAAUUACCUGGCCUUCACCAUCUUCACCUGCUUCUGCCCCGCCUAUCCCAUCAACAUCGUGGCCCUGGUCUUUUCCGUGUUGUCACAGAACAGCCACGCCGAGGGGGACUACGAGGGCUCUCGCCGGCUGGGCCGCAAAGCCCUGCACUUAGGUAUCGCCUCCAUUGUCAUCGGCCUGCUGCUCAUAGCUGUCUACUGCAUCGUCCACUUCACCACGUAUGACAUUUGAUCGGUGGGAGGAAAUGAGGGGAUCUUCAGCGAAGGAGUCCUCUUCAUCCGAGAAAGGAGCAGCCGGCUGCACAUUCACACUCCCUUCCUCUGUCUCCGGGCCCCUGGGUCUGCACAUCAUCCCACAGAAGAUCUACCAGAAGGCCACAGCUCGGUCUCUCCUGCUUUGGUCUCUCCUGUAUUGGUCUCUACUGCCUCGGCCUCUCCUGCCCCUCCUACAGACUCUGAUUUAAUUCCCAUAUGUCAAGAGCUGAUUUUUUCUACAAUGAGGGAGAAGCCUGAGAAAAAAAAUUGUCUCCCACUGACAGUUUAUUCUGCAUUUUUGCAAGUUUAACCUGUCAGAUGAAAAAUAUAAAAACUGUCCAUUAAAACUGACAAUUCAACCAAAAUGAUUAGACACGAAUCAAGAUGCAUUUCUCUUAUUUGUGAUGCAGGUAGAUCAAUAUCAUAUAGUUUCAGGUGCUGCUUUUGAGGGCACGGGUGGGGGAUGUGCUGCACAUGAUCUUUGACCUCUGAGGAGCUGGUGUGACCCUGGCAGCAGGUCAGCAUGUCUGCUUGUACGCUUCACAGCACAUUCUUGCAUAACAGUUUGCCAGUUACCUGGCAUCACUUUUCUAAAUACUAUAGAAAUAAACAAUGAUUGGCUGCAGAAAUAAAUUCAAGCAACUUACAUAAUCAUUGGUAUGUAGAUAAUUUAUCAGUUAAAAUGACCUAUGUGAAGCAUUCUCUGGUGAAGAGCCUUGUGCAGUGGUUAAAUUAAAUCAACCCGCAAAAAACCCUGCAAAGAUACAGCUAAUUGUCAAAACUAUAGACAUCAUUUCAGAACUAAACUGUCCAGAUGAGGGGUAUGUUUACAUAGCCACUGAUUUGAUAAGUCAGAUGCACAGGGUUGGGGGACACCCUGAGCAAGAUUCCAGUCCAUCAUAGGGCAUAGGGCUGGGGUACACCCCAAGCAAGAUGCCAGUCCAUCACGGGGCUGGGGGACACCCCAAGUAAGAUGCCAGUCCAUCAUAGGGCAUAGGGCUGGGGUACACCCCGAUCAAGAUGCCAGUCUAAACACACACUUAUUUACAUACACAUUCAUACACUAUGGGCAGAUUAGGAACAUAAUAUAUUGUGUAUUUCAUUUCCAAAAUUGUAAAGCUAUUGCAGGACUGUACAUAAUUAAGCUUGUUGUGUAAAAUAUGCUAUACAGAUAAUAAAGAAUAAAUGCUAAGCUAGUUACUGGAUUA